CAUGUUCUCCCUGUGUCAGCGUGGGUUUCCUCCAGGUGCUCCGACAUGUUCUCCCCGUGUCAGCGUGGGUUUCCUCCAGGUGCUCCCACAUGUUCUCCCUGUGUCAGCAUGGGUUUCCUCCAGGUGCUCCCACAUGUUCUCCCUGUGUCAGUGUGGGUUUCCUCCAGGUGCUCUGACAUGUUCUCCCCGUGUCAGCGUGGGUUUCCUCCAGGUGCUCCCACAUGUUCUCCCUGUGUCAGCGUGGGUUUCCUCCAGGUGCUCUGACAUGUUCUCCCUGUGUCAGCGUGGGUUUCCUCCAGGUGCUCCCACAUGUUCUCCCUGUGUCAGCGUGGGUUUCCUCCAGGUGCUCCGACAUGUUCUCCCUGUGUCAGCGUGGGUUUCCUCCAGGUGCUCCGACAUGUUCUCCCUGUGUCAGUGUGGGUUUCCUCCAGGUGCUCUGACAUGUUCUCCCCGUGUCAGCGUGGGUUUCCUCCAGGUGCUCCCACAUGUUCUCCCCGUGUCAGUGUGGGUUUCCUCCAGGUGCUCCGACAUGUUCUCCCUGUGUCAGCGUGGGUUUCCUCCAGGUGCUCCGACAUGUUCUCCCUGUGUCAGCGUGGGUUUCCUCCAGGUGCUCCCACAUGUUCUCCCUGUGUCAGCGUGGGUUUCCUCCAGGUGCUCCGACAUGUUCUCCCUGUGUCAGUGUGGGUUUCCUCCAGGUGCUCCCACAUGUUCUCCCCGUGUCAGUGUGGGUUUCCUCCAGGUGCUCCCACAUGUUCUCCCUGUGUCAGUGUGGGUUUCCUCCAGGUGCUCUGACAUGUUCUCCCCGUGUCAGUGUGGGUUUCCUCCAGGUGCUCCCACAUGUUCUCCCUGUGUCAGUGUGGGUUUCCUCCAGGUGCUCCCACAUGUUCUCCCUGUGUCAGCGUGGGUUUCCUCCAGGUGCUCUGACAUGUUCUCCCUGUGUCAGUGUGGGUUUCCUCCAGGUGCUCUGACAUGUUCUCCCUGUGUCAGCGUGGGUUUCCUCCAGGUGCUCCCACAUGUUCUCCCUGUGUCAGCGUGGGUUUCCUCCAGGUGCUCUGACAUGUUCUCCCUGUGUCAGCAUGGGUUUCCUCCAGGUGCUCCCACAUGUUCUCCCUGUGUCAGUGUGGGUUUCCUCCAGGUGCUCCCACAUGUUCUCCCUGUGUCAGCGUGGGUUUCCUCCAGGUGCUCCCACAUGUUCUCCCUGUGUCAGUGUGGGUUUCCUCCAGGUGCUCUGACAUGUUCUCCCUGUGUCAGUGUGGGUUUCCUCCAGGUGCUCCCACAUGUUCUCCCUGUGUCAGCGUGGGUUUCCUCCAGGUGCUCCCACAUGUUCUCCCUGUGUCAGCGUGGGUUUCCUCCAGGUGCUCCCACAUGUUCUCCCUGUGUCAGCGUGGGUUUCCUCCAGGUGCUCCCACAUGUUCUCCCUGUGUCAGUGUGGGUUUCCUCCAGGUGCUCUGACAUGUUCUCCCUGUGUCAGCGUGGGUUUCCUCCAGGUGCUCUGACAUGUUCUCCCUGUGUCAGUGUGGGUUUCCUCCAGGUGCUCCCACAUGUUCUCCCCGUGUCAGUGUGGGUUUCCUCCAGGUGCUCCCACAUGUUCUCCCUGUGUCAGCGUGGGUUUCCUCCAGGUGCUCUGACAUGUUCUCCCUGUGUCAGUGUGGGUUUCCUCCAGGUGCUCCCACAUGUUCUCCCUGUGUCAGUGUGGGUUUCCUCCAGGUGCUCCCACAUGUUCUCCCUGUGUCAGCGUGGGUUUCCUCCAGGUGCUCCCACAUGUUCUCCCUGUGUCAGCGUGGGUUUCCUCCAGGUGCUCCCACAUGUUCUCCCCGUGUCAGUGUGGGUUUCCUCCAGGUGCUCUGACAUGUUCUCCCCGUGUCAGCGUGGGUUUCCUCCAGGUGCUCUGACAUGUUCUCCCUGUGUCAGCGUGGGUUUCCUCCAGGUGCUCCGACAUGUUCUCCCUGUGUCAGCGUGGGUUUCCUCCAGGUGCUCCGACAUGUUCUCCCUGUGUCAGCGUGGGUUUCCUCCAGGUGCUCUGACAUGUUCUCCCCGUGUCAGCGUGGGUUUCCUCCAGGUGCUCUGACAUGUUCUCCCUGUGUCAGUGUGGGUUUCCUCC